GGCAAAUGCUCCGCCAAGGGGAGCGGCUAUGCGCACGGGAGCGCCAGGUACUCCAUUCUUUCACCACGGCUAUGGUUCUAGCUCGGGAGGAACAGGCGGUCUGGUAGUCGUCGGCGUUGUCGGGAAGAAUGAGGAGGAUUUGUCGCAGCUGCUGGACAGGAUUUUGGAUCAGCGGGUGUUUGGGGGGAUCUCAGGCCAUUUCUCGACGAAUUCCGGGGCGUAUGGCAGUAGAUUAGAUGCGUUUGGGCGGAUUCCAGUCCCGGGCAGCGGCAGGGCGGAGGCUACUGCCGCCUCGAGAUAUGGGAGUUGGAUGAAGAACAGGCUGCGGCACUACUGCGAUGAGGAACGAGGGAUUCUCUUCGUCUUGUUUCCGUGUGGAUCGCUUCCAGUGGAGCUCCUCGCGGAGGAGGAUUUCUCUGUGAUGGGCUUGGCCUCUUUGCUCGAGCAGCAUGAGAUGUUUGGAGUUCGAGGACUUUUCUUCAUGUUCUCGGUAUGUCACGUUGUUCUCUUGGUUCAAGAAGGAGCUAAGUUUGAUCCACGGCUCUUGCGGCUCUUCCGAGUGUUACAAGCCGCAAAAGCAGCGAUCAAGAUGCCGCUAAAGGGAGCUCAAGCUCGGGGUUUUUACACAGGUAGCUCGCCUGUGAGGGGUGGUCGCCAGGCUUCCGGUUUUUCUCUCAUGUCCGGGCUCUCACACGGUUUGUUCCCGGGGCAGUGUACUCCGGUUCUUCUCAUCGUCUGCAUAGACGACUUCUCGGAGUUUGAGACUUCGGACGCUACAGUUCGGCAGUCGAAACUUUCCACGGGGGUAAGACAGGUUGGGAAGCUAGAGCAGGGAACACGACGAAAGUUUCAAUCUUCGGUGGAAGCUCAGGUCCGGUUCUUGGUAAAGAAGAGCCGAACAAUUCUUGGCUUUGGUGACUCUGGCUUAGGAGGUGGUAUGGGACUUAGAGGCUCUGGCAAUGUCAUGGGAGCCGUUCCAGGUGGCGGUGGAGGUCCGGCACUCUUUACUAUGGACCCGUCGAGGGUGGUGUUGUUUGUGGAUCGCUUUUCGAAUCGAUGCUGCGAUGCUUUAGAGGGUACUAUUACCAUCUUGGAAAACAUGAUCAAGGGGAUCCCAAACGCAGAAGGGGCUCUUUGGGAGAAUACAAGUGGAGUCACCGAGGACAUACAGGCCGUAAGAGAUUUUAUAUGGAGACAGGCCGAGAUUGUUAGAGGCAGGGGAGGUACUCAAGCAAUGUCUGUGGGUGUUGGGAUGGUAGCUGCUGCCGCUGCCGCUGCUGCUGCUUCCGCUGCUGCCGGUUCCAUGGGUGGUGCACUGAGGCCAAUCUCGAAUCCUCCUGAACUUCCAACUUUGCAAAGCUGGCUGGCGGCGAGCAACACAAUUCUCUCGUCGCUGCUGAAGUUUGAAGGAAAGGUGGAGGUUUCUCGACGUCAGAGCUGCCCUGGAUCGGGAGUUGAUGCUAGUGCCGGAUCAGGUCUCAGACUUUUCAGUGAGGCAGACUUGGCGUGCAUAGACUUAGCGUGUGCGGACACGAACACCAAGUUUUCAGCUUCUUGGUGCAAAAAGGCCAUGCCUUCUGCUCGAGGAGUUUACUUGAAAGGACUGCCACCCUGCUAUCCGACUGCUGUUCACAAGCACCAGUUGGACAAGGCUAUCGGCGCCUUUAGAAGUAUGGUGAGAGGCCCAGCAGUGAACGUGUUCUUGGAGAAGCUCAAACGAGAGUGUGAAGCCUUGUGGAAGUCGGGAAGGCAGUUGUGUGAUGCCGUCAGCCUUACAGGGAGGCCGUGUACGCAUCAAGUUCCAGAAAAUGCCGAGAAGGAAGAAGUGCAAAGGCCUCACUCCAGCGGUUAUGUGUUUCUCAGUGCCUGUGCCUGUGGAAGAUCACGGAGGCUGCGAGAGGAUCCUUUCGACUUUGACAGUGCAAACGUAUCCUUCUUUCGGUUUCCAAACUGCGAGGACCUGCUACCGUCAGUGGUUCUGCCCCAUCAUUCGAAAGCAUCGGAAGGGUCUGCAUGGAGCAUACUGCGGUUGGGGAAUGCAAAGUAUUAUCAACCAUCGGCUGGUCUUCUGCAAGCUGGUUUUUGCGCCGAUCAAAACUAUCUCUCUCACUACGACAUGUCACUCCACUACAAGUCUGCUGCUGAGCCGGAAAAGACGUUGGAAGGCUCUAAAAUUUCAAAGUCGUCGUCUGAUCAGGGAACGGUGUCGAAGAAGCAUUCCGAGGAUCUGAAAUUCAAGCCCGCGGAGAAGCAAAAGAAUGCUGACGUGAAACUUGACUACAACGAAGAGUCUGCUUUUCCGCCACUUCCUCAGAAGAAUGGUCCAAAGCCAACGAAACAAACUCCUAAGAAAGCACCCGUAAAAGCAAUGGAGUCCAAGACCAACAAAAGCGAGCAGCCGAAGGAGAUGGUAGAAAAUGGUGGUUCUCCUUUGAAAACCAUUGCUGCUGACGCGGGGGGCGCUCGUGCAACCAAAGAGGCCACGGACGUUGGUCUUUACAUCGGGUUUGAGCACGAGUGUCCUCACGGCCACAGAUUCUUCCUAUCAGUGGAGCACUUGCAGAAGCUUAGCCCUCCAUACUCUCAGCAGGCUGGAGUUGAGAAGAAAGCAAGGCGGAACAAGCUGAGAGGCAACCGAGCAGCACAUUUGGAUCGAACUGUUCCCGCAAGAACAUCGGACAGGCUGCAAGAUGGUGUGUCUGGCUCGCUCAUCGAGUUCAAUGCUGCGAUGGAGAACCUGAGCGUGGCCGAAGCUGGUGGUGACGGACGCGUGCUACUGAACUCGGACCUCCCGAUCUAUAUGGAAUGUCCGCACUGCAAGGCGAACAGCAACAAAGAGAGCGACUUAAAUUAUGCUGGGACUGUUUCGCGCUUGCAGCGUAUAUUUCUGGUAACCCCACCGUUUCCAUUGCUCAUGGCUUCGUGCCCUGUGGUGCAGUUUGAUGAAACGUCGACACCUAAUGCUAAGUGUGCCAUGCGUUUUAGCUUCAACUGCGAAGUGGUAUUGCCACCAGACAGUUUUUUGAGCUUACGCCUGCCUUUUGUGUACUGCACAGAGAAUGAGGAUGGUUCUCUGUUGCCACUGCAGUACAAAGAGGAUCACCCCGAGCUGAGCGCCUGGCUUGUCAAAGGCACCGUAUUUUAUGUCCUCUCCGGCAGGCAGUGACGACAAGAGACACGAUUUCUUCCACUUCCACGAUCCAGCUGCAGCAGACGUUAUGUUUUCUCCCUCCAGUGAUCACCACUUCAGCAAAAAUCGUCAUCGAGGUCUUUGCAAAGGGAAGCUCGCUGCCGCCAGUCUCGCUUCAUCGAGGUCCAUGGAAAAUGGCUCUGUGAGAGACCUCUCCAUCACUUCGGUUUCGUCCAAGCUCUUGGCUUCGCUGUUGAUAUGUAUAGCUAAGGCAGACAAGGAAACGUCACAGCAAAGGUGAGCUCGUUCAAAAUCUUUCUUUCGCUCGAAUCAACAGCGUCCCUGUUUCUAGUGCUGCUGCUACGCACGAAAAAACUGUUCUAGAGAAGAAAGUUCUAGCACGAACUCUCUCACUCCCAGAGAAAACUUUGGGGUAUAUUCUUCCUCCCUUAAGCGUACGGCGGAGAUUGGCCGUGAUGUCAUGCA